AUGCCGUACGAGGUGUUGAAAACUGUGUGGACCCCAGAUCUGAUCGGGCCGAUAUACAAGAAGGAGAUCACCAAUUUACGAGAGGUGUUGAACACUCAUCGACACGACACGUGCACUCGAACAAUGGCGACUUUCGUCCCCGACGAGUUGAUAUACGAGAGCGACUUAACUAAGAAAAGUUUCCGCAAAUUCAAGGCUGUAAUAAUGGUGAUCGAUAUGACCCAAUUGUUCAGUUUCUACAAAAGGUUCACAUACGCGCAGAAUGGCGGUAGCUACGGUUUCUUCUCUCUGUUGAACGAUUAUAUGAGCGCCAUAGUGGAAGAAGUAUAUAUUAACCACGGAGACGUGUUGAAAUUUUCUCAUAACGAUCUGCUAAUCAUGUGGAAAAUAAGCAGGAACGAAUUCAUCGCAAGAAUAAUACGUCACGUGAUCAUGACCGCGGAAAGCAUUCAGAAAACUAUCGCCGCCUUGAAGAACGAAGUCACUCCAAUCCCAAAAUUGUCUAUCAUAAUCUCGAUGGGAACCGCUGUAUUUUCGGUGAUCGGUGACGACAGGAGUAGAAGUUUUGUAAUUUGUGGCGGCUCGAUCCAGGACAUUAAGUAUACGAGAAGAGUAUGUUUACCAGGCGAUAUCGUGUUGUGCGAGAGCGCUUGGCAAUAUUGUGUCCCCAGUCAUUACGAAUACGUUCUUAAGGAUGCGGACAACGUUAAGAUCAUUAAAGUGCUCGAGGCACCCGAGGAAAUUCUGAUGGCGAGAGACAUGGGGAUCGAGGAGGACAUCAUAGAACUGGCAAAGUCGCCGUCGCACGUGUCAAUAUUAUCCGACGUGUCCGUGGAACAAGAGAUCAGGGCUACGCAUUUUCGAACAAGAGUUUCCGUAGUGGACGCAUUGCGAAGACGUAUCGGAAUGUACCUGAGAAGUUACAUGGUGACAGCGGUAUUAAUGCAGAUCGAUAACGAGCAAUCGUUGGCCUAUUUGAUAGAAAUAAGGAACGUUACUGUUGUUUGCAUCAGUAUAAUUCCUUUUGAUUGUACCGUUUUCGAGUUGAUCUCUUUGACAGACGAAAUAUACAAAACUAUUCAAAAUAUAAUUGAAUCGUAUUCCGGACUCAUGUGCCUCGUCAAUUUGUUCGAAAAGGAUAUAUCUUUUAUUAUUAUAUUCGGACUUAGAAGUUUAAAUAGUGAGAACAAUAAUAUACUGAAUGGAGUAUUGUCCGCAUGCCAAAUAUUAAAAGAAGUGAAACACAUAAUUGGUAUUAAAGCGAUUCUCAUUGGCGUUUCGUGUGGUUUAGCAUUCUGUGGAAUAAUCGGUCAUAUCGUUAGAAGGCAAUUCAUGGUUUUCGGUCACUGCGUCGACAUGGCUAUCUCUUUGAUGAUGAUUUCGUACGACAAGAUAUAUUGCGACUACAACAUCGUUUUAAAAAGUACUUUGAAAAGGGAGAGAUUUCGUCGCCAUGGUAUAAAGACAUUAAGAAAAAUCGGAAAAUGUCAAAUUUACGAGAUCUUGGAUGAGCCGUUAAAAACGGAGGUGUUGUCGAGCUUGGAAUAUAAAUAUCCUCUUCUCGGUCGAUUAAACGAAAUAGAGUACUUUAAGGAUCUUUUAGACGAAAUAGGAAUAUCCGAACGGCGUUAUUCCGGGUUGGUCAUCGAGGGUAUUGAAAGAUCUGGUAAAUCGAGGAUCCUUGAUGCUUACGUCACGAUUGUCAAAAGCAGAGAAAUAAAAUUGGUUCAACUUCCUUUGCAUCCAUCUUUUGCAGAGAAAUCUUACUCUGUGAUAUAUCACAUACUUCUUCAGUGGAACCUGAAAAUUUAUGUUACCUGA